ACCCGGGGCCGAUGCCGCGGCCCCGCCGCUCCCCUCAGAGGGCCACGACCCCCGCCGCAGCCAGGCCGUGCCGGUAGGGGUGGCCCUGCCGCCCCAGGUUGAAGAACCCCGGCGUCCCCCCCCACCGAUUCCUCCGAGUCUCAGACGGCGGUCACCAGCCCGCUCCGCAGCUCACGCCGGGGCGAUGCCUUCACGUCCAGCCCUGGCCGAGACCUGCCGCCCUUCGAGGAUGAGUCGGAGGGGCUCCUGGGGACCGAAGGGCUCCCUGAGGAGGAAGAAGAAGGAGAAGAGCUCAUUGGGGAAGGGAUGGAGAGGGACUACCGCCCCAUCCCCGAGCUGGACGUCUACGAAGCAGAGGGCCUGGCCUUGGAUGAUGAAGAUGUGGAGGAGCUGACAGCCAGCCAGAGGGAAGCUGCGGAGCGAGUCAUGAGGCAGCGAGACCGAGAGCUGGAGCAGGGCAUGGGCCGCAUGAGGAGGGGACUGCUCUAUGAUAGUGAUGAUGAAGAUGAAGAUCGUCCUUCACGGAAGAGGCGGCUGGCAGAACGAGCAGCCGAUGGUAUUGAGGAGGAAGAUGAGGACAUGAUUGAGAGCAUUGAGAAUCUUGAAGACAUGAAAGGGCAUUCAGUGAGGGAGUGGGUUUCCAUGGCAGCUCCCCGGCUUGAGAUCUACCACCGCUUCAAGAACUUCUUGAAGACCCAUGUGGAUGACCAUGGGCACAAUGUCUUCAAGGAGAGGAUCAGCGACAUGUGCAAAGAGAACAGAGAGAGUCUGGUGGUGAACUAUGAGGAUCUGGCAGCCCAGGAACAUGUCCUUGCCUACUUUCUGCCUGAGGCCCCAGCAGAAAUGCUGAAGAUCUUUGAUGAAGCAGCCAAGGAAGUGGUGUUGGCCAUGUACCCCAAAUACGAUCGUAUUGCUCAGGAGAUCCAUGUCCGUAUCUCCCACCUUCCCCUGGUGGAAGAGCUGCGGUCACUCAGGCAGCUCCACUUGAAUCAGUUGAUCCGGACCAGUGGAGUGGUGACAAGUUGCACAGGGGUCCUGCCUCAGCUCAGCAUGGUGAAAUACAAUUGCAGCAAGUGCAGCUUCAUCCUAGGACCAUUUUUCCAGUCCCAGAACCAGGAGGUGAAACCUGGUUCUUGUCCAGAGUGUCAGUCUCUGGGGCCCUUUGAAAUCAACAUGGAAGAGACAGUCUAUCAGAACUAUCAGCGCAUCAAAAUCCAGGAGAGCCCUGGGAAGGUAGCUGCUGGCAGGCUGCCCCGCUCCAAGGAUGCCAUUCUCCUUGCUGAUCUGGUUGACAGCUGCAAGCCAGGGGAUGAGAUUGAGCUGACAGGGAUCUACCACAACAACUAUGAUGGCUCUUUGAACACUGCCAAUGGGUUCCCAGUGUUCGCAACUGUGAUCCUGGCCAACCACAUUGCCAAGAAGGACAACAAGCUGGCUAUUGGAGAACUGACUGAUGAAGAUGUGAAAGUGAUUGUGGGUCUGUCCAAGGAUGAGCAAAUUGGGGAGAAGAUUUUUGCCAGCAUUGCCCCAUCUAUUUAUGGGCAUGAAGAUAUCAAGAGGGGCUUAGCUUUAUCUCUCUUUGGUGGAGAGCCCAAAAACCCAGGUGGCAAACACAAAGUCCGUGGUGACAUCAAUGUCCUUCUCUGUGGAGACCCUGGUACUGCAAAAUCACAGUUUCUUAAAUACAUAGAGAAGGCAUCCAGCAGAGCAAUCUUCACCACUGGCCAAGGUGCUUCUGCUGUGGGCCUCACAGCCUAUGUCCAGAGGCACCCAGUCAGCAAGGAGUGGACUCUAGAGGCAGGAGCCCUUGUGCUGGCUGACAGAGGUGUCUGCCUGAUCGAUGAAUUUGACAAGAUGAAUGAUCAAGACAGGACCAGCAUCCAUGAAGCCAUGGAGCAGCAAAGCAUUUCCAUCUCCAAAGCAGGCAUUGUCACGUCCUUGCAAGCCCGCUGCACUGUUAUUGCUGCUGCUAAUCCUAUAGGUGGGCGUUACGACCCCUCAUUAACUUUCUCAGAGAAUGUAGACCUGACAGAGCCCAUCAUCUCUCGAUUUGAUAUCCUGUGUGUGGUGAGAGACACAGUGGACCCUGUGCAGGAUGAAAUGCUUGCCCGGUUUGUUGUUGGCAGCCAUGUCAAACACCACCCAGGUAGCAAGGAGGCAGUGAAUGGGGAUGCCAAUGAGGUUGUUCUCCCCAAUACAUAUGGGGUUGAGCCCAUUCCCCAAGAGAUCCUGAGGAAAUACAUCAUCUAUGCCAAAGAGAAGGUCCACCCAAAACUCAACCAGAUGGACCAGGACAAGGUGGCUCGGAUGUACAGUGACCUCAGGAAAGAGUCUAUGGCGACCGGCAGCAUCCCCAUCACCGUGCGUCACAUCGAGUCCAUGAUCCGGAUGGCUGAGGCUCAUGCCCGCAUGCACCUAAGGGACUAUGUGGUAGAAGAUGAUGUCAACAUGGCCAUCCGGGUGAUGCUGGAGAGCUUCAUCGACACGCAGAAGUUCAGUGUCAUGCGGAGCAUGCGCAAGACAUUCUCCCGCUACCUUUCAUUCAAGCGAGACAACAAUGAGCUGCUGCUGUUCAUCCUGAAGCAGCUGGUUGCAGAGCAGGUGAUGUACCAGAGAAACCGCUUUGGAGCCCAGCAAGACACCAUAGAAGUCCCAGAGAAGGAUCUGGUGGAUAAGGCUCGGCAGAUCAACAUCCACAACCUCUCAGCCUUCUAUGACAGUGAAGUGUUCAAGAUGAACAGGUUCAGCCGGGAUGUGAAGCGGAAGCUGAUUGUGCAGCAGUUCUGAGGCUGGAAGCAGAGUUCCCUACAUGCUACACCUUGCAGCUCUCCCAGGAACAAUACCUCUCGUGAUCCAGAGGGACUCAGCUGUACAUUCUCUUACUUGCUUUGCGCCUUACGGAGUGCUGAGCUGCUGAAGACCUUGUAAAUAGAACAGAGUUAGUUAAAUGCCCAACCAAGUCUGUUUAGCAACUUCAUUCACUGUUUUGCCUUGUAGCUAAGCACAACAGGGAGAGAAUUGCUGGCCACAUAGGUGGCAUGUUUGCUGUUUGUUUGUCAUAGUUGUUAUGGGCUCAGCUGCAGGAGGAACUGAGUGGGAGCAAUAGAAAAGCAUUUGUCUGCCUUAUCCAUGCCCCUUGCAUUGCAAGCACCCUCAGGGAUUCUCUUUUCCCAUCUCUGGUGACUGUACAGCCUGCUGGGUGGUAACUGAGACUGCUUUCAACUCUCCAUGAACCAGUCAGCCUCUUGGCUCCAGGCCUUUGUGCUUGACACUUGACAUUUCCCCAGGUGCCCUCAUAGGUUGACCUUGUGCUUGGUUUCUGCAAGGGGAAGGGGGGUGGGCAGAGGAAGAUGAGAACUGAAGUAAAACAACUCUUUCUCGUACUAAUGGUGAUCUGUAUGGGCAGUGAAACCUCCUUCAGUACAUGCUGGGGCAUCAUGCAGAAGCCUUUGGUCUUCCCCUGACUUAAUGAGUAUUAUCUCUGCAGCUGUCAGCAGAUGUGAAUUUCUGGCUGGACCAAACAUCACCUCACACGUUUGUUGAGGGUGAAGUACCCAUGGUGCUGGUGUUGAGGGUAGGAAUGGAAGAACCCUGAGCUGGAGGUGUUUAGGGAGGACUGGAUGGGCUCGCUAUUCACAUGCAAUUUUCUUGCUGUGUGUGGUUUCUAAUACAUUUGUUUUCCAAUA